AUGGGCACAUUGAUGCGGGAUGUCGACUGCAGCGUUUUGAGCAAAGUUUUGACGCCAAACAAACAAAAGCUUGAAAGCAAAGGCAUUAAAAGCGUUAGUGCGAGGAUUGUCAACUUAAAAGAAGUAGCUCCUUCUAUUACUCAUGAAAACACCCAGCAGCAGGAGGAGCAGCAGGAGCAGCAGCAGCAGCAGCAGCAGCAGAAGAAUUUCGCUUUAAUGGUGAAGCAAUUACAAACCUUGCUUCAUUUAAAAGGCAUCUUCAAGCACUUCAGGAUUGGCGUGACGGAGGAUCACUCGGUUUGUGGGGGAGAUAUUGAAUUCCAAACCUGGCUGUCUGAGUUAAGGGCAUCGGGAUCGGAGGUGGGGCUCUCUGUUGAGAAAGGGUUUGUAGAUGACUGCGUUAUAUACAGCGACUGUCUUUAUACGGAACUAACUGAGGCCUUUGCUGAAGCCCUUAAAGCGAAGUUCCCAGGACAUGCAGAGAAGGUCGAUGAGUUUGCAGAGUGGCUGGCUGAGGCAUCUCAGUCUUAG